AUCCGCUUUUUCCCAUUUUAAAAAUCAGAUAUAAAUAAGAAAGGAAGAAAGAAAGAAAGAAAAUCAUUAGUGAAGUUUAAAACAGCUUUCGUCUCUUCUUCGCUCUCUCUAUUAUCCUUCAAAUCUUUCCCCUUUUCUUCCUCCUCCUCCUAAUCGUUUCCAAAGUCAUAAUCAGGUUCCUGCUUCGGGACUCGCUCUUCUUCUUCUUUCUUCCAAUUCUUAUUCUCAAUUGCUGCUUCAUUUGUUCGUUCUUUUCUUUCAUCUUCUUCUUUAGCGCGAUUCAACUUAAGCAUUUUCAGUGGGUUUCGCAAAUUUUCAAUCUUUUUUUGCUUUGAUUGUGUUUCGUUGGUUUCUUGCUUCGUGACAACUCGAAGAAGCAAAUUGCGAUGUUCUGUUUCUAAUUUGAGAUUCCAUUUCCACCAUGAAAGAUUUUCUUGGAAAAUUCUCAGGCGUAGAAGAAGUAUGAGUAGCAACGACGACGAUCCUCAGACGAAGCCUGAGACUUCUUCCGACGGAGCUGUCUCGCGAUCAGCUCGGACCUCCUUUCAAGCCGUCUCUGACUGCCUUCGUGCGAUUUCCUCCGGCGCUUCCACCGUCGCUCGCUCCGCCGCUUCCGCCGCCUCUUCCGUCGUUAACCCAGACGCCGACUCUCUUCACGACAAGGUACUAUGGGCGGGGUUUGAUAAGCUAGAGAGAGAGGAUGGCGACACUCGGAGAGUUCUUCUACUUGCGUUUCGCUCUGGUUUCCAAAUCUGGGAUGUUGAAGACACUGGGAACGUCCAUGUCAUUGUCUCUGCUCACGACGGACACGCAGCCUUUAUGCAGAUGCUACCUUACCCGCUAGUCUCCGAGGAGAUAGACGAUGCGUUUGCUGAGAGCCGUCCGCUUUUGGCUGUGUGUGGUGACAGCUCUUGGGUGGAGAUUUUAGAUAUAGAGAGCUCUUCUGAUAACACUGAAAGUGAGACCGUAGUGCCUACGCAUGUGAAUGUCUACUCGUUAAAGUCAAACUCUUAUGUGCAUAAGUUGAAGUUCGAGUCUGUCAUCUACACCAUCAGGUGCAGUUCUCGGAUCGUUGCCGUGCUACAAUCAGAUCAGAUUCAUUGCUUUGAUGCUAAGACGUUGGUGGAGGAAUACAAUAUCCACACUAACUCCAUCGCGUAUGGCUCAUUGGGUGUUGGAUAUGGUCCUCUUGCCGUUGGUCCACGAUGGAUCGCUUAUAGCGGGAGUCGUAUUGAUGAGUCUAGCUCCACGGUUUUCACUUCAGAGCUUCUCCCACUGUCAUCAUCACCCGGUGUUGCACAGUUUGCAAUAGAAUCGAGCAAACAUAUUGUAACUGGGAUAGCGAGGCUUGGAGGCAAAGGGUACAAGUCGUUGUCUAACUUCUGCGCAGAGGGUCUGCCCAAUCCGUAUCUUCCUGGCUUUAAGGGCAUUGGAGGAGCUGCUACUGACAAAGCGCAAGACGCUGAGAGCAUAGGAAUGGUUAUAAUCAGUGAUGUUAUAAGCAAAAGCGUGAUAUGUCAGUUUAAGGCACACAAGAAUCCGAUUUCAGCUUUGAGCUUUGAUCCAAGUGGGAUGCUUUUGGUGUCUGCUUCGACUCAAGGCCACAAUAUAAACGUGUUCAAGAUAAUGCCGAGAAUCUCUAACACUAGUGAUGCGCCGCCCAUAGAGUGUUUUAUGCAUUUGUUCAGGCUCCAUCGUGGCUAUACUUAUGCGGUGAUACAAGACAUGAGUUUCAGCAAUGAUAGCAGUUUGAUAGUGGUUAGCUCGUCAAGAGGGACAAGUCAUGUGUUUGAGAUCAAUCCCGAGAGAGAGGCGCAUAUUCCUGUAACUCUGUCACCUGUUAUUAGGAUAAGAAGCCGAGACAUCAGCGGAUGGAUGGGGACAGUGAGCGGUGCUGCAGCUGCGGCGGCUGGAAUGGUUGGAGGAGGAGGAGGAGGCUCUCUUCAGGGUUCAACCACAUCAACUUUCAGCUACUGCGUUGAACAGCAGAAUAAGAACACCCACUAUGGUUCUACUGCUUCUGAUAAUAGUAGCGUAACGAGGAAUCUACUGGUUUUUGCUCCUUCUGGAUGUAUGACACAGUACGCGUUGAAGGCUGGGGAAGGUGGUGAGGCUUUGGUGAUGACGGGGAUUGAUUCCGAGUCUGGUGCAGAGACUGAAGGACCGGUUGUGAGGAUAAGAAGGUGGUACAUGGUCCAAAACCGAUCUAGAAGAGAGAUGCAAGAUCAGCAGAGGGACGUAUAUGGAGGAGGUGGAGCAACUUCGGGUUCUGGAAGUAACGUGUUUCCGGAGAUUGUUAGAAAGGAGAGUGCUGAGGAGGAACCUUGGAAAGCAAAUAAGAAAGGAAAGGCCCGUCGUGUGGUGGAUAACAACCAUCAGCUGUACGUGUCUCAAACAGAGUUGCGAAUGUAUCAGCCGUCUCACCUACCCUUAUGGGAAUGGGACAAUUGUAGGUUUGUGAAGUUGGUAUUGGAUGUGGAUGAAGAGAGUAAUGGGGAGAUGGAGAUUGAAAAAAUCAAAGGUCAAACGAUUGAAGCAAGAACAAGAGGUUCGCAUCCAGUCUGGGGUUGAAGAGGUGGAGAGUUGCAUUAGAAGAAGGAAGGUGAUAUGCUGCUUUUGGUUUUAUUGUUUCUUCACCAUAAACUCAGCUUCAAGUUCAGCGAUAGGACUACAAAAAUAACUGUGGAAAAUUGUAUAGAAAAUUAGAAAAGUUGGCAUACCUUUUAGAUGUAAAUAGCUAGCAGUAUAGUCUUCUUUGGUUACAGAUUGACCCCAUUAUAUUGAUUCAUGAACUGCAUCUUCUUUGGAUGUAAACGUAAUAAGAAAGAAAAAAAACAGAAAAGUUUUUGCCA